CGAUUCCAACCUAUCCCGGGAACUUUCGCCGCAGGGACUGGCUGCCAGAGGCCCGCGUCUCGCCCAGCGGCGACCCGGGAGCCGCCCUCUGCCCACCUAGGUGGCUAGCAGCAGCUCAGCCCUGGGAUCGCCUCCCGCGUGGACCCAGAGCCCUCCCGCCGCUCACGGGGGCCGCGGGCUGCACGCUGGGCUUGGUGGCUUGAUGGAGACGAGGGGUGCCGCCCCGGGAGCAAGUGACCCUCUCUGGGCCAGGGCUUCCGCUGCCGGGAAAGAGCGCCCGUGGAGCCAGACGCCGACAGUGUGGAGAGAGGGGACAACGAGGCUGCGAUGGCCCGUGAGCUGAGCCAGGAGGCACUGCUGGACUUCCUGUGCCAGGCUGGGGGCCGAGUGACCAACGCCUCCUUGCUGAGCCACUUCAAGAGCUUCCUCCGAGACCCCGACGCGCCCCCGAGCGAGCACCAGCGUCGCCGCGAGCUCUUCAAGGGCUUCGUCAACUCGGUCGCCGCAGUGCGCGUGGACCCCGACGGCACCAAGUGCGUGGUGCUCAAGAGGAGGUACCGGGACCUUCUGGGCGAGGAGGGGUUGCAGCGACCCCGCGAGCCGCCCGCGGCCGCCACCCCUGUAGGGGAAGCUGCGCCCCGGGGGCCGCCGCAGCCCAAGAGGCAACAGCGGCGGCGGCGCGAGAAGGAGCCGGAGGCGGAGCCAGCAGGUGCCGCAGUCCCAGCGGCGGACGCCCGGUGCAAUGGCCUCCCGGCCAGCGGCACCCGGCAGCAGGAGCCCGGGAAAAGCGGCGGAGGCGGAGGGCGGCGGUGCAGCCCGGGAUCCGGGGCCGCUGCCCAGGUCGCGGUCAGGUGUGCCGCGGCGGAGACGCAGGGCCGCUGCUGCUGGGAGUGCCUGCAAAACGGCCUGGGAGCGCUCCCCGGAGAGCAGCUGCCACAGCCCGGCGUGCUGCCGGACCCCGGCACCGCAACCCCGGGGCCGCUGCGGACGUCACCUGUCCCGGAGCAGCGCAGGACUCCUCCGGCGGCGCCGAGCUCACCUGCUGCCCCCGUCGGGGCUGCUGGCCGCGGGGCUUCCCCGCCGGUCCUACAGCAGGGCCCGGACGCCAUCGAGGAGCCGCCCGAGCCGCUGAGCGCCGGCUCCCCGCAUCUUUCGACCUUGGAACUGCAGCGGCGGCGUACCCGCGAGUGGGUGGCCAAACACCCACAGAGACUAGAGGAGCGGGCUCCGGGCCCCGUGCGGGCUUGGUCGGUGCUGCCAGACGACUUCCUGCAGCCGUCGUUGGAGCUCAGCCCCUCACCAUCGGCUAAAGAUCCCUCGCUUUCCUCUCCUGGCCACGUGACUGUAAUUCCCGACGAGGCCUCCGAGUCCCGGCUUGGAGACCUUCCUCCACUGAAUGUGUUUCGCAGCAUUCGUUGUCAGCUGUCGCUCCAGGAUCUGCAUGACUUCGUGGACCAGGACAGUCACGGUAGUGAGGAGAGCAGCAGUGCGCCCAAGGACUCCCCGGGGGUUUCCGAGGAGGGGGUGCCCAUGGCUCCGGGCACCCCGGCUUGGGGCCAGCCCAAGACUCCAGCCCAGCACCUUACUGAGUCUUUCAAGGUCACAGGCAGCCCGGGCCACAGCCCACAGGGCCUCUGCGAAAGAGAGGCGGGCCACUCCUCCCAGCAGGUUCCUGCCACUGCCCCGGCUAAUGGCCUUGCAGAGCAGCCCAAGCUCAGGCGGUCCCUCCGCAGGAGCUCUCGGGCAGGCAGAGCCACCCUGUCAUCCUCCGAUGAGGAGUACCCUGGGGAGGAGCGGCCGCUGAAGAGCCGGCGCCCACCUCGGCCCCGGAAGCCCUCCAGGACAGGACCGGCAUCCAGCCCCCGGGUGGAUGCUGCGUUGACCUUCAGACUCACAGAACUCAGGCCAGCUGUGGUGGAGAAGGGCCGCGCGCACAGUGUGGAGAGGCCUGCAUCCUGGGUGCCCCACAGAACCGAACACAAGCCUCCGUCCCUGGUACCUCUCGAAGCCCGGGAGCACCAGUGGAUUGUGAUGCUAGCCUGCGGCUCUUGGAACAAUGUACUGGCUUUGUUCCAGGAGGAUCCACAGCUGGCUUUGCACAAAGACUUCCUGACCGGCUACACGGCCCUGCACUGGAUAGCCAAGCAUGGCACCCUGUGGGCUCUGCAGAAGUUGCUUUUAGAAGCACACAAGGUCGGGAUUGCUCUGGAUGUCAACGUCAGGUCCAGUUGUGGGUACACCCCACUGCACCUGGCAGCCAUUCAUGGGCACCACGGGGUCAUCAAGAUGCUGGUGCAAAGGCUGGCUUGCCGGGUGAAUGUGCGGGAUUGCAGUGGGAAGAAGCCCUGGCAGUACCUGACCAGUAACACCUCUGGGGAGAUCUGGCAGCUCCUAGGAGCCCCUCGGGGCAAGCCCAUUUUCCCCGUGUCUCCUUUAGUGCACAGUUCUUCCCCUUCCCGGAAGACCAAGAGUCGGGACGUGGCUAGGAAUGUCACCCGCAAGACCUCCUUGGCCGCACUCCUCAAAAGUCAGCACAGCAAAUGGAAGUUGGCCAACCACCACGAGAAAUUCCCAGCUGCCAGGGAAAGAGAAGAGUGCAGUGACUGAUGCCCCUGCUUUCAGGUGCCAUGAACACAGCCUCUUCCUCGAGCUACUCAGGGAGCCUUGGCAGGGCGGGAGUGGGCAGGGGAGAUGGGGAGACAGAGAGCUGCUGAGAGGUUCUGCAGGAGAGGGGUCACCCACCUUGCAUGGACUUGCCUGGGUGUUUAGUCAGCACUUCCUGGACCUCCAGGGUCACCUGGGCAUGGUAAAGGUUGAAAUCUUGGGGUUACUGAAAUCUGCACAAGAAGUGGAGAGUGAGGUGCUGGAACUCCAACAAAUGGCCUCAUUUUCCCCUUGGCACUGUGGAUCUGGGCACAGGAAGCCACCUGGUUUGGUGCAGCGGCAAUAUGAGGGGUUGGUGAAGAUCAGACACAAAGCUGCUCUGGCUAGCGGCCCCACGGCUUUCAUUCAUUUGGACUAGAAAUGUUGGCUGAGACUCGGGAACACCAGGUUUGCUUGCACAUGGCUGCCCAUUCUCCCCUUCCAUUUUUGGCAUUCAAAUCAGUGUAAUAAAAUUCUCACUGGAGAGUAGGAUUUCAUAUAGGAGACCCCUCAGCUCUGGCCCUGAGUCCCCUGCUGAGAGAAGCAAUUGGGUGAGAUCCACCUGCCGCCUUGACUCCACUCUAGGGGGAAAGGAUUGGCAUCCACGCCCUGAUUUCCUCUGUCCAUCCAAAGAGAAUUUUCCAAAGGUAAGACCCAUGUGGCUCAUUUGUAUAAUGUCUCCCCACAUAGCAAGCAACAGAAUUACUAUUCGUAGCCUCCUCUGGGUUUGAAUGGCCAACAUUCCUAGUAGGAAGAGACUGCCUCCCCACCAGGACUUUUCCAAGCUGCUAAACACAACAUUAUUUGCACUAAACUUAUUGCCAAUUAAAAUGAAAUAUUAGCCAUGAAGUACUGUGUAUCUAACCAGCAGUGAGUGCUCCAUUUAAUUGCCCAGAGAUACAACUGGUCAUCCUGUGACCCUGCAGUGAGAGUAUGUCUAGUAUAUAAAUGGGAAGUCCAUUCAAACAGUGCUGAAAAAUUAAAUGUUCAACUGGAAAUAGUGAAUAUUUUCAUGGCAAUGUUUUCAUUGACAGUGGUAUGAUGCUAUAAUUUUAUAAUAUUUUUGUGUUUCUUGUUAUCUUUCCUCAUUGUAAGAUCAAUAGAUCUUUAUAAUUUAUUAUACGUAUGUUGAUUAUUGUUAAUGUUCUUCACCAAAUUGUGUCUCAGUGAGUGUCAAAUAUUUUUGUUUCUUUGUAUUUUUACUUUGUGCUGAAAUAAAUAUAUCUC